AUGAAAGCUAAGGAUAGAAGGAAUCGAACCAAGAUGAAAAGCAUAGAUAGUAUUUCCAGAAUCAAGGAAUCUAAGAUUGCAUACUCUCUACCUCAUGGGCCCUACAGAGUAGUUUCAAUUGUUUCUCUAGGAGGAGGCUGUGGAAACUAUUUCGACAAGUACUUGCAUGAGAAUCGAGGGCUAUUCUUCUCACCGGAGUACAAGAUCAACUAUCUAUUCAAAGAGACUUGUGGAGUUAGUGAGUUCCAUAUUGGAUACCUCUGCAGAGCAAGCGACAUAGUGGUAUUUUUUAUUAACUCAGAUGAGAUUGAUGACAGUAAGCUUAAAAUAAUCAAGAAGUUUGUUCCAAGCUGUCUAUUCUGCAUAUCCAACCAGAGAUUUAAAGAUGUGGCUAGAAAAGUUGUGAAGAAACACUUCCCAAAGGAGCGAAUAGUUGAGAUAGAUGGACUUAUGGGGGUAUUGAGCAACGUGAGAGUUAAGAACACGUCGGUUUGCAAGAGGCCGUAUAUUGUUCCAAGUAAUGCUUAUUCUGAUGGAGAAUACUUCUAUGUCGAGGGCUUUCUAAAGCGUGGAUUCCUGAGUGACAAGGUAGUUGUUAACGGACGGUAUGAAAUGACUAUUGAGGAGAUUUUUACGGAUCGGCUAUAUAAAGGAGAGGAUUUAUGUGUAAGUGUUGACAUUGAGAAGACUUCUCUAGCAGAAGGUGAAGAGUUGGAGUCUGAUUGCAACUCGGAGUCCUUGGAGUCUGGCUGCGAUGAAUACGAAGAAAAGGAAAAUGAUGAAAGUGAAGAGUUUACCACUGAUGAAUCAUCUACUGAGGAUCGGCCAUCUCUUAUAGACAAAUACUCUGAGUAUAGAGGAAUAAGAAAUCUUUCAACAUGUAGCUUCAAGUCAUACAACUUCCCAAGCCAUUACAAAAGUCUUGUGUUUUUUGAUGACUUUAGGAGAGCUGAAAAGCUGAUAACUGAACAAGAUAGCAUAAUUCCUAAUGACCAAAUGGUUAAGAUAAAGCUUAGGUAUGAAGGACUUAUUGAAGAGCAGAUAUACGUGGUGUUUGGAUGUUACGAAUAUGAAAAAAGAAAGACCAUACACAACUUCCAUUUUGAAGGAAUAGAACCUCUAAAGGAGGAAAGUAUGGUGGUUGAUCUAGGCCAUAGGAUUAUUGACAUACGUCCUAUGAUCACAAGAAACUUAAACCAUAGAGUUUUCAAAAAGCAAGAAGAACUUGAGUCUGGGGUUGUUAGCUUUAUUGGGCCAAUGGCGUUUGGCCUAUCCAGAGUGCUCCUAUACAAGAAGUCUGCUCUGGGGGAAUUAUCUAAGGAAACGCUUGUUGCCGUCGGGAUGAAUGGAUUUACAGGAGACAGGAUUAUUUUUGAGGAGGUAGUGCUUCAAGGAAUCCCGUUCAGAAACAAGAAAAGAUACAGUCUUGUCAAGCGCAUGUUUAAUAGCAAGGAAGAAGUCAUGUACUUCCGAAACAUUCAGCUGUAUAUGCGAAGCGGAAAGAUUACUGGGUUUAUAAAGAAGCCGAUAGGUACAAAGGGGAUGUUCAAGGGAUACUUCACACAUCCAAUAAAAUCCGGAGAUAAGGUGAUGAUGUCCUUAUACAAAAGAGCCUUUUUAGAAGAUCAAUAA